UCUCUUGCCCACCACCCCCGCUGAACUCCCGACCAUGCCCGAGCCCGCCAAGUCGGCGCCCGCCCCGAAGAAGGGCUCCAAGAAGGCCGUGACCAAGGCGCAGAAGAAGGACGGCAAGAAGCGCAAGCGCAGCCGCAAGGAGAGCUACUCGGUGUACGUGUACAAGGUGCUCAAGCAGGUGCACCCCGACACCGGCAUCUCGUCCAAGGCCAUGGGCAUCAUGAACUCGUUCGUCAACGACAUCUUCGAGCGCAUCGCGGGCGAGGCGUCGCGCCUGGCGCAUUACAACAAGCGCUCGACCAUCACGUCCCGCGAGAUCCAGACGGCCGUGCGCCUGCUGCUGCCCGGCGAGCUGGCCAAGCACGCCGUGUCCGAGGGCACCAAGGCCGUCACCAAGUACACCAGCUCCAAGUGAGGCGCGAGCACGCGGCCUCACUCCUGACCCAAAGGCUCUUUUCAGAGCCACUCAGUUGUCAGUGUUAGAGCUGUA